UAUGAAUAUCAUUCAAUUUUAAUUAUUUGAAAACACAGUAUAGGUGAGUAUGACAUUAUUUAGAAAUGCUAUAUAAUGUGUAGUAAGUGAUACUCAAAAAUUUGGUAGUGUUUUGAUAGCAGAAUGUGAAAAGAUGGGUGAAGAUGAGAAUAUUUAUGAAGUAAAAACAAAAUUUGGAUCAAGAGAAAUAGUAGAAUAUGAAUAUUUUGCAAGAAAAAUAAUUGAAGAAAUGUAUAAUUCAAAAAGAAUAGUUGCAGAGAUGUAAAAGAAAUAUCAAACAUAAGAAAAAUAAUUCAAUGUAUUUUUAGGUAAAAAACUAUUGUUAUUCAUAUCAUUAAAUGAUAGAGAGAAUAUUUAAAAAAAUAAAGCCAUUAUUGAAGAAAUUACAACAAAUCUAACUAAUCUGAUAUGA